AUGGCUUCAGCAGCAAAGUUCCUACGAGAGUACAAGCUCGUCGUUGUCGGAGGUGGUGGUGUCGGUAAAUCUUGCCUGACCAUUCAGUUGAUUCAGGCCCAUUUCGUGGACGAGUAUGAUCCAACAAUUGAAGGUGCGUCGCUCAAGCCCGUAUUGAGCCUAUCGGAUUCACGGCUCAGGGGCGAUCAAUUUGGACCUCGGAAAUUCUUUCGUCGCAAGCGACAUCAUUUCCGGGCUUCACACCAAAUGGAAUUAUCGAUCGCUGACAAUUUUCUAGAUUCAUACCGCAAGCAGUGCAACAUUGACGAUGAGACCGCCUUGCUCGAUGUUCUCGAUACCGCUGGCCAGGAGGAAUACAGCGCUAUGCGCGAACAGUACAUGAGGACAGGAGAGGGCUUUCUGCUUGUCUACUCAAUCACUUCGCGACAGAGCUUCGAGGAAAUCACUGUUUUCCAGCAGCAGAUUCUGAGAGUCAAGGACAAGGACAGCUUCCCCAUGGUCGUUGUUGGAAACAAGUGCGAUUUGGAGGGUGAGCGUGAGGUCACUAGGCAAGAGGGAGAGGCAUUGGCCCGUUCAUUCGGCUGCAAAUUCAUCGAGACCUCAGCCAAGUCCCGUCUGAAUGUCGAGAAGGCAUUCUACGACAUCGUCCGCGAAAUCCGCAGAUACAACCGUGAGCUGCAAGGAUACUCUCCUGGCGUCAACGGCGGCAGCUCCGGACCUGGCGGACCCUCAAAGCCGAUAGACAUGGACGGCGAGGAGCGAGAGGCUGGAUGCUGCUCCAAGUGUGUCUUGAUGUAA